AUGUCUGCUGAUCUCCGUACAAAACUGAACAAGCUAGUGGUUGUCGAGGGACCCUCUAGAAUCGCAAUGACCGAACUUACAAACCCUGCUGGCUACACAAUUACAGCGGCACGAUUACACAGCCACGCACAGUACGGGAUUAGCGUUAUUCUAGAGGUAUUAGUGGACAACAUAGUGAGGAUGGUGUUUCUUCCAAAACGAUCCCCUAACGGGAAUUUCAAUAGCUUUAUUGACCAACUGGACCAAUGCCUGACUCAUGUCUCGGGCCUCAAUCCAAGAAACCUGAUUUUGUGCGGGGAUUUUAAUAUCCAUCUUGAGUGUCCGUCUACUGAGGAGUCAAUCUUUGUAAACCUACUCAGAUCCUACGGACUGUAUGUGGCAUCCCGUCAACCAACAAGAGGGACGGCGUGUCUUGAUUCUGUGGCGUCAAACUUCGACUCUUGGAAGGUGAAAGCUGAGGUUGUUCCAUCGCUCGUGGCCGAUCACGAUGGUGCUGUGAUCCUGAGUGUGAAUUGCUCUGAGGUAAGCCUUAAUUCUAACCCUUCUUGGCUUAAGGACUACUCUAUCAUAAAGCGACCCAUCUGUAUGGAAAAUUUGCCUCUGUUUAGGUAUGAGCUCUCUAAUGUAGAUUGGAGUACCCUGUACACAUUGACCGAGCCUAAACUUGCUUUUGAGCUUUUCUCUAGUAUAUUUUUUGAUGAAUUUGAUCAUGUUUUUCCAGCCAAAUUAUAUAACCCCAAGAGUAAAGUCUGUUCCGUUGGCUCUGGUUCAAGGCAUAACAAAUCAGCCAAUUGUUGGUACACCCCUGAACUGAGGAGGAUGAGAAAUUACAUGGCUUUUGUUCAUGACCUGUAUAAGGGCUCCAGUGAUAUGUGUAGGAAAGGGCAGCUCUAUUCUCUUUAUUUGGAGAUCAAGAGGAACUAUAGGGUUAGAGUUAAUGUGGCCAAGAAAUCCUUUAAUGCAGAAUCCAUCCUUAGUGCCCCUAACCCAUGUAAAGCUGCGUGGGACAUUAUCAAUAAAGAAAGAGCGCCAGGUCCCGGGCCUAAAAUCCAAGCAUCCCCUGAUGAGUUAAAUGAAUAUUUUACAAGUGUGGCUGGAAACAUCAUCUCUGAUCUACCUGUGUUGCAGACGGAUCCUCUGGAUUCUGUGCCGGACUACUCCUCCGUCCAUUCAUUUACCUGCUGGAAUAGGGUGAGUGUAAGAGAGAUAUCCCAAAUGAUUAAGAAUUUCAAAGACUCCAAGAGCCAAGAUGUCUAUGGCCUUUCUACACAUGUUCUCAGGGCUGUUGCAGAUCUCGUGGCCGUUCCUCUCACGCACCUGGUCAACUUGUGCCUGGCUCAUGGAUUUUUUCCGGACUCUCUAAAGAAGGCCCGUACUGUGCCCAUCUUCAAGAAAGGGAACCCUACACUGAUGGAAAAUUUUCGCCCCAUUUCUAUCCUCCCUAUCUUUUCUAAGGUGAUGGAGACUGUGAUGAAGAGACAACUCCUCUCAUACUUUGAAAAUAAUGGCCUACUGGUGGACUCACAGCAUGGCUUUCGUAGUGGUCGAUCUACCACCUCCGCACUCCUGAGCCUGGUCGACACCAUAUCCCAGGCCUUUGAGGAAAAUGAAUCGGUCCACCUCAGCCUUUGUGACCUCAGCAAGGCUUUCGAUGUUGUGUCACAUGACAUCCUUCUGGCCAAGCUGAGAAAAUAUGGUAUCGGUGGCGCAGUUUUCUGCUCUCUUGCGGACUACCUUGGCAACCGCAAACAAAUAGUAACAAUUAUGGGUGCUUCUUCUGCUAUAGGCUCUCUUCCCCAUGGAGUUCCGCAGGGAUCGGUCCUGGGCCCUCUUCUCUUCACAAUAAUGAUUAAUGACCUUGCUACAACCAGCCAUGCCCUCCUUUUUGCAGAUGAUACCACCUUGGUCACAAAGGGGAAGAACAUCGACCCGCUGCUGGAGGAGGCAGACAACACCCUGAGGCUGGCCAAGGACUGGUUUAUAGCCAACAAGCUUAAGAUCAACGAGGAGAAGACUCAGAUCCUUUUAUGUUCCUUGAAGAUCGGUCUUGAGGAAAACAGCGUGAAGCUGCUUGGGUUCUGGAUGGAUUCAAAGCUAAGUUGGCACCACCAUAUUGAAAAGGUAUGUGUAAAGCUCUCAAGAGUUCUCCACCUUUUAAGGAAGCUUAGAACCACCAUUACCAGACCGUAUUUGCUAGCGGUGUAUCAUGCGCUGUUUCACAGUCACCUCACGUAUGGCCUGGUUUUGUGGGGCCAUUCUCCAUGGACACAGGAAUUACUUCUGCUACAGAAAAAGGCGCUGAGGAUAAUAACAUCUUCUGGCUACAAAGCGCACUGUCGUCCCAUCUUCCUGGAGCUGGGUGUGUUGACUGUUUAUAGCCAGUAUGUCCUCAAUGUCUUGAUCCUGCUGAAGGUUAAUAUCCACCAUUUUGUUGUGAGAGACAAUAUUCAUAGUCACCAUACCCGUCAAGCUUGUGACAUUGAUUUGCCGAGAUGCCGCCUAGCCCGCUCACUGAAGAGCUAUCCUAGGUCUGCGAUAAGGUUUUUUAAUUCCUUGCCGGUGCAUAUACGCGACCUGGACCUAGACGAUUUUAAGACGGCCCUACGUGACAGGCUGGUAAAUAGGCCUCUUUACAGCCUUGAAGAGCUAGGCAACGAGCCACUUUUUGGCCAUUGCCACAGUGUAAAUAGUGUGUAA